CUUUUAUCUAACAAUAUUAAGAUCACUGGCGUAUCGGGCCACAUAGGCUGCCGCGUGCUGGCGGAAGCCCUGGCAAGUGGUCACCGAGUCCGGGCCGUACUGCGGAAAGAGUCUCAAAUGGCCAAGAUCAAAGCAGUAGCAUCAGUCCAGCCUUAUCUGUCUCAACUCGAGCUUGUUUUGAUACCCGACGUCACUGUACCAGGUGCCUUCGAUACGGUUGCCGAUGGACUCUGGGCUAUCAUCCACGUUGCCUCCCCUACAUUUUCUGGAUUUGGGGAGGUCAAUGUCUCGGAGUUUUGUUCUACAUCAUGGUGUGUCACUCAGAGCGUGCUACACUUUGCUGCAAACACGCCAUCGGUGAAGAGGGUAGUAAUCACCUCCUCUAUCAGUGCUAUCAUACCCUUCUUUGAUACAGCACAGCAUGAUUCGCAGGGUUUCUAUACCAGUCAGGUCCACCGUCGAUCUCCAAUCUCCAUCGACGGGAUCGAGUCAUGGCCAGACCACGCACCCGAAAAUGUGGCAUAUGUGUUGUCCAAGAUCUUCGUGGCGGGUUGCGUCCGCAAAUAUGUCCAGUCAACCCAACCGAAACUACACUUCUCCGUUGUUAGCGUCCUUCCAGGGACUACUGUUGGGCCAAACGAGUUGGCCUCCACCCCCAAAGAGCUUCUAGUCGGCUCAAAUAUGGUUGUCAUGGGGCCACUGCUGGGCAUCAAGUUUGCGCCUAUUCCCUCCGUUGUAUCCCACGUUGACGAUGUUGCAUAUGCACACCUCAAGGCUCUGGACCUGGAUAUUUCACCAGGAGAGAUUUCGAGCCUUUUGCCGGUCUUCAAUUCGAAGGCGGAUCCGACGCCAUUCAAAUGGGAUGAUGCAGCAGAUAUCGUCCAGGAAAAAUUUCCUGAAGCAACAAACUCCGGCAUGUUCCCAUUUGGUGGGACUGUUCCUGUAACUCGGGUUUUAGCUGACUCUACAGAGGACGAAAAGACGCUCGGCAGGGAAUUCAAGGGAUACAGGGAAGCUGUCGUUGACGUCGUUGGGCAGUAUUUAACGCUAGCCGCGAAAUAA